AUGCCCCCCCAAAAAGAAUAUACGGACGAGGAGAUUACUUAUAAGCUUCGCCCUCCAAUAAAUGCCAUCAGGAUUCCUGAAUUCCCAGAAAGGCCUGAUCUAUUUGAUGAAGUUGAAUGGGUCCCAUUUAUCGGCGUUGAAGAUGCAAAGCUUGCACAUCGUCUCUGGCACCUUCCGGAUUCCAUCAUCGGGCAAGCAUUAACUGGGAAAACGAACCCAUACCCACGACCACCGGAUGAAGAUCGAAACAGACAUGCGCUGGCAUCAAACAUCUACGAGAGCUUGAUGAUCGACCAUAUACUGCCAACCAACGAAUCUGAGUGGGAAGCCAACUGGCAAAAUGAGGGCCUGAAGCAAGCUCAAUGGUCGCGCCAGGAUAUCUUUGGCACUGAUGGUGACCAAGACUAUGCAGAAGACCAGCAGGUUUUGAUCGAAGGACAUGAUGUGUUGACAGCUGCAUACUGGAAAGUCGACAAAUUGCGAAAUGAGCUCAGGAGUCGCGGCCUUGAUGAUUCCGGGAGAUCAGCAGAGCUUCGCAGGCGUCUUAAUGACGAUGAACGGCGACAAAAGCAAAGACACUGCUUCCUCCCGCGAAGCAAUCUCUCGCACUGGGGCAUUGACCGAAGCAACUCAAAAUAUGCGAUUCAACUCACCGAAAGCAACCAUCUCAAGCCCCUUGAUAUGUACACCUGGGCCAUCUCACUCAGUCCAUAUAAUCCUACAUACUGGGUGAGCCGAGCCUAUUGUCACUACCAGCAAGCAUACUUUGACCUUGCCAUCGGGGACGCUUAUCGUGCGCAGCUGCUGUGUGAGAUACUUGCUGAUGCCCGGGCCCGAAACCGCCAGCCCGGACUCUAUCCUCGAAUCUGGCAUGCGAUUGAGCAGCAUCUCCUGGUAGAUCCCCGAGAUCAGGGAACAGGCGAACUCAAUCCAACAGUCCAAAAGUUGCGCGAACCCAACGGGAUCAACCAUUUUAUCCCAACCCUUCGAAAGGCACUACAGAGUAUCAUAAGCCUCAGUCUUUUAGGGCUUCAGUGUUGGGAUGAUUACAAAUCUAGUGACAACUAUCUCAGACAAAGGCUCAUCAUGGCAUUCAAUGACACGCAGAUUUUCGACCAGCGAAGAACCUUGUUCGGGAAGUUGAUGGAGCAACACAAAGAAUCAAGAAAACAAUGCUACCGCUAUCCGUAUGAGAGGAAGGCUGGAUAUGUCAGAGGAGAUAGGAAAUAUCCGUAUGACGCAGGCGACAAGAACCGGCACGAAGCCUCGUUUUUGGACAAUUUGAAUAACAACCUUUUCGAGAACAACGAAAGUCUUCCAUGGAAGAGGUGCACGAUUCGCAGCAUUGAAGAUGAAAAAACGCUAAGCGUAUUUGCAACGCGUGAUAUCGAAAAAGGGGAGAUGAUUUUUGCAGAAGAACCAUCGAUCAGGGGGCAUCUUAUUCCCAACAGUCUACCAAAAAAUUGGCAGAAUUUGAUGAUCGACAAGAAGACCAAAAAAAAGCAAUUAUACAGACGUCCGCCGGCAGACUCUGAAAGCGGGCUGAGGUGCGAAAAUUGCCACAGGAUUGUGAGAAAUGCAGAAUACAGUGACCAGGAUAUCGAGGAAAUCAAACGCGGGAAUCAUCCGGAAGCUUGCAGGUGUAUCCUCGAAGGUGGAAAGAGGGUGCAUCUGAAGUUUUGCCUGGGCAUUGAACCCCAGGGUGACACAUGCUCCCAAAUUGCUCGAAAAUUGUAUCAUCAUCGAGCCUGUGGAAAGAGUUGGACAUGGUUACACAACGCAAUGCGACAGGGGAUAUACUCAUACGAUGAUAUGUAUCACUUUUCGCACUCCAACGAAGAACACGGGACAGUGUUGAGCCUCCUUCUGCGAGAGGUAUUCGAUAUCACACUCAUGAGACGCGAGAGAAGCGAUGAUCCCAACAUCAUGGCUCACGAGAUCGACGAACUUCUCGUGCUGGAAGAUUUUGAAGACUGGCAUGAGAAUUGGUUCCCGUUCACUUUCGCUGCAAAUAUCCAGGUGCCGUUCGAUAUUUUACUACAGCUGGGUGUCGACAUCUUCCGAGACCUCACCUUCGACACUUGGGUCAUUCAGACCGUCUUGAGAAAGCUGCUAGUCAACGUUAUUCCGUGGGAUUUACAGUGGCGAAGCUCUUUCGGGCCGUCCAGGAAUCAUUGGAAGAGGCUUCCCAGACCAGAAUGGCAGAACACACCGAGUAAUGAGAAACGCAUAAAAAGAUAUGACCCAAUGUUCUGUGACAUGUACCUUUUCCCAGGUUUCAGCUUGUUCAACCAUGCCUGUCGUGAUUCACACAAUGCCACAUGGGGCUACGACCAAACCAUUCCCAACCGUGUGCUUAUAUGGGCGACGGAGCGCAUUCCCGAGGGCACUGAAAUACGUAUCCCAUACCGAUACAAAAAGCCAAAGAAGAGGACUGCGCGCCGGUUACUCGGCAAGGAAUGUACCUGCAAGCGAUUCUCCCGUGGAAACCGAGGGCGAAGAUGA